AUGAGUCCAAUCCUUUCUCGUGAAAAGAAUAUUAAAGAUAAUACUCUUAAACUCGAAGAAGAAUUAAAAAAUAAAUUUGAGGAAGAAAGAAAGAAGAACGCUGAGGUUUAUAAAAAAAAUGGUUUUGAAGUAUUUGGAAAUGUUAAAUAUAAAAAAGUUGACAUUAUUACAAAUGAAUUUUGUCCUAAUGGUAUUGAUGCUGUUUGGUUAUGGGUUAAUGGAAGUGAUCCUAUUUUCUAUAAGGCUCUUGAAGAAAAUGGUAAAAGGGGUGGAGAUGGGAGAUACAGAGAUUACAAUACAUUACAAUACUCUAUACGUUCUGUAUAUAAUUUUGCACCAUAUAUUAAGAAUUAUUAUAUUGUUACAAUGGGACAAAUUCCUGAUUUCUUAAAUACUUCAUCACUUACUUUUAGAGACUACAAAUUACGAAUAGUUGAUCAUAAAGAAAUAUUCCCUAAUAAUAAAGAUUUGCCAGUAUUUAACUCAAAUGCACUAGAAGUAUCAAUUCACAAUAUCAAAAACUUAUCAUCAUGUUUUCUUUAUUUAAAUGAUGAUAUGUUAUUAGGUAAAAAAUUAGAUAUAAGACAUUUCUUUAAUGAUUAUGGAUUAUUAAAUAUCUAUUAUAAUGGAUGGAGUGCUCCAGAAGAAGAACAAGCAAAAAAGAAUAGUUGGCAUAGAAGUGUUUCAUUUUCUAACAAAUUGGUCAAUGAUAAAUUUCACAAUGGAGAAGUUGUUAAACAUCCAUAUGUUAGUCAUCAUUGUUAUUUCUUCAAAACUGAUACAUUAAAAGAAAUGGAGUCUGUUUGGCCUUAUCAAUUUGCCAAAACACGAACUCACAAAUUUAGAGAAGCCAAUGACUUAGCAAUUCCAUUUUUACAUGGAGCGUUUACUGCAGAAACUGGAAAAGGAAUAUAUAUACCAGAAAGAAAUUAUUACUAUGGUUCAUUCACAUCAGAUCGAAUAAAUAACUUGAAAGUGUAUAAAGAUAUUCAAAAGAGCCAUCCUCAAUGUAUUUGUUUAAAUGAUGGGUUUUCUGGAAAUGAUAAUAUUUUUAAGUCAGAGACUGAAAAAUUGAAUGAAUUUUUAAAUCAAUAUUAUUCGGAUCCUUCUCCAUUCGAAAAGAAUGCAUUUGAUUUAAGUUAA